AUGGCUUCAGUUGAUGAUGUCGAUGGAGGAGAAACCUUCGAUGAAGAAGCAGAAGAGAGAGAUGAAUGUGAAAUUGAGCACCUGCUCAACGAGUUUGUCGACGAGCCUUGUAUUCGCCAUGAUCAGAUUCCUGAGAGUGAUGACGAGGAAGAGAAAGGCUGCAAGAAGAAACCACCAGAGGUAACUCACAUCAAACGCGGUGAUGGAAGCUUGUACAAAAAGCAGACCUUCGUAAACGGGGUUGGUUUCAAAGAUUGUGUUCUAGACUACGCUCUUAAGACAGGCCACAAUAUCCAGCAGUACAGGUAUGAUAAGGAGAAAAUUGGCUUUAAGUGUGUGGGUUCUAAUGAGGGAGGAAGCUGUGAAUGGAAAAUAUAUGCUUCAGUUCUGCCUAGUGAUAAUGUCUGGAAAGUGAGAGUCUUUGUUGAGAAUCAUUCGUGUGUGCCUAAUGGAGAGUGUUCGAUGCUGAAGGUUCCUCAAAUAGCCAGAUUGUUUAUUGAUAAAAUCAGAGAAGAACCGGAUUAUUACAUGCCAAUGAAGAUUGAACAACUAGUUCUUGAGAAAUGGGGGAUCACAGUUUCAAGGGCUCAGUGUCAAGCUGCUAGAACUAAGGCGCUGAAGUGGAUUGAGUUUGAGUAUGAUCAUCAGUUCGCUCGUCUUCGAGAUUAUGCAGCUGAGAUACUUGAAUCAAACAAAGACUCUACUGUGGUGAUUGAGACUUCGAAAAAUACUGAAGGAAAAGAUGAGUUCAACAGGUUCUACACUUGUUUUGACAACAUAAGAAGGACAUGGAAGGAGACAUGUAGACCUUUGCUUGGAAUUGAUGGAUGCUUCGUUAAACACAAGAUCAAAGGGCAAGUGUUGGUGGCAUUAGGAAGAGACGCAGAUAAUGCCAUAUAUCCAGUGGCAUGGGGUGUAGUUCAAGUUGAAAAUACAGAUAAUUGGUCAUGGUUUGUGAGGAUGGUAAAGGAAGACUUAGGACUUGAUGAUGGUGAAGGGUUUGUUAUCGUGUCUGAUCGCCAAAAGGGUUUGAUAGCUGCAGUUAAGGAGGAAUUGCCUAAGGUAGAGCAUAGGAAGUGUGUGAGACACAUCUAUGAGAAUCUGAAGAAAAAACAUGGAAGUAAAAGCGACAUGAAGUCUUAUUUAUGGAGCUUAGCAUGGAGUUACAACGAAGCAGAAUAUAAGGAAAGGCUGGAUAGGAUUUUCAAUUACGAUGUUGGUGUAUAUGAUGAUGUUAUGAAGACAAAUCCGAAGUCUUGGUGUAGAGCAUACCACAGGUUGGGGCCGUAUUGUGAAGAUGUGGAAAACAAUUCCACAGAGUCUUUCAAUAACACUAUUGGAAAGGCAAGAGAACUCCCAUUUGUCCCUAUGUUAGAGACAAUAAGAAGACUUGCCAUGGCUCGGAUUGCAAAACGAUCGGCAAUCUCUCAUGGUCACAAAGGUAUUUGUACACCAUAUGCGACUGAGUUUCUUAAAAUAGAGAAGGAGAAAGCUACUGCAUGCACAAUUACAAGAAGCACCAACGGAAUGUAUGAAGCAAAGUUGGGUGGAUGUACUCACCGUGUCAGCUUGGAUAGAUGGACUUGCACGUGUAUGAAGUUUGAGAUUUGUGGGAUUCCAUGUGAGCAUGCCUAUGGAGUCAUUCUCCAUAAGAAGCUUAAGGCUGAGGACUUCGUAUGUAAGUGGUUCAGAACAUCUAUGUGGAGAAGAAACUAUACUGAUGGCCUUAUUCCGGUGAGAGGUGCUCGAUUUUGGCCUCAAACGGGUGCUCCGGACGUUCAUAUUCCACCAGAUCCAGACCAACCGGGGAGGAAGAAGAUGACUAAAGCUGACAAGAAAAGAAAGAAACCUGCUAAUGAGUCUCCAACAAAGAAGCAACCAAAGCAUAAAAAGAGAAUUAUGCACUGCGGAAUAUGUGGCCAACCUGAUCACAACUCAAGGUUUCAUAGUAAAAAACAGGCUUCUAGAGCUGGUCCUUCUCAUGUUGCUUCUCCAGCUGCUUCUCAAGCUCAUUCUCCAGCUGCUUCGCAAGCUUCUUCUCAAGCUGGUUGUCAUAUCAUCCAUGGAUAUGAAGAUAUGUGUUGA